CUGACGUCAGAAUCUUGCCGCAGAGAUAAGCCGCGAGGCUUAAUAUUAACUACAAUGUUCCUUCUUUCAAAAAGAGCGACAGCGCGCCAAGGGAUCGUCGAGCUGAUGAACAGAGACGCUUUGCGAGACGCAUUCCAAACACUUUUCUCGUUCUGCGCACCGACUCUGGCGCAGAGCACGAAACAGAGCCCAAACUAUGAGCUGAGCAGAUAAGAGCUGCGGUGGAGGAACUGGUCGUGUAAACGCACAAACAGAAGAUGGGAACGGCGGGCGAGGAUCUGCUCGUGACACUCCAGAUACUACCCGGUUUCUUUUCCAACUGCCUCUUCCUUGCCCUGUACGACUCGGUGGUUCUGCUGAAGCGCGUCGUUUCGCUGCUCAGCUCUCGGUCCGCCGGCUGCGGAGAGUGGCACCGCAUGCUGACCUCGGCGGGGCUGCGCUCCAUCUGGAACAGCUUCCUCCUGGACGCCUACAAGCAGGUGAAACUUGGCUGUGAGGCACCCAAUUCCAAAGUGGUGAAGGUGCCUGAUGGCCCUCGGUGGAGCAGCACCAUCAGAAUCCAAAAUGGGGGUGAGUGCAGACUUCUGGAUUUUGAGUCAUCAGAUCGCCCCCUGGUGGUCAACUUUGGCUCAGCCACCUGACCCCCCUUCAUCAGCCACCUGCCGGCUUUCCGGCAGUUAGUGGAAGACUUCAGCGACGUGGCUGAUUUCCUGUUAGUGUACAUUGAUGAGGCUCAUCCAUCCGAUGGCUGGGUGGCCCCUCCCAUGGGUCCUUGCUCCUUCAGUUUCCGGAAACACCAGAACCUGGAGGAAAGGAUGGGAGCGGCACGUCAACUCACUGAGCACUUUUCUUUGCCGCCGCAGUGUCAACUGGUUGCCGACUGCAUGGACAACAAUGCUAAUGUGGCUUACGGUGUGUCCAACGAACGGGUGUGUAUAGUGCAACAAAAAAAGAUUGCCUACCUGGGGGGCAAAGGGCCAUUUUUUUACAAUCUGAAGGAUGUGCGCCAGUGGCUGGAACAGAGUUAUGGUAGACAGUAGGAGGAUUAAAAGUGCCUUUUUAAAAUGUUGAAAACAGAUUAUUUGGUUUUGUAAGAAUGUGUUGUGAUGGUAUUCUUUACCAUAAAGCUGUAACGAAGGGUCCCUUUUACCAAAAAAGGGGGAAAAAGGGCAACAGACAACUCAGCCAGCAUCUUAAUCAAGUCAACCUCACCCUCCUCACCUCAAGCCUUACCUCCUGAACUAAAGUCAAGUCUUUUCCAUACAAAUAUUGUGCAUAAACGUGCGUAUUUAUUUCAGAGUUUGUCCGAAUUACUCACUGUCAGCAGAUCAGACAUGCGACCCGUCUCCAGACAGCUGACAGAGCAGUGAAACAACAACAGCAGUAGCUAGGAGGAUGUUAGUCCAGCUGCACACAGAGAGGAAAGAUGCUCAGUUUUAGUAUUUCUUAGUUUGGUAAAAAUGUUUUUACAUCUCACCUGAUGAAUGUGUUAUUGAGACUGAAUCUCUAGAAGACUGCGAGUCAACUGCUUUCAAACCCUUGAGCUAACAGCCACAUUAAAUCUAGUGAAUCUAAUUUGAUAAUGAGCACUGAACACAAUCCAAAAUAUGACGUGUAGGCACAGUGAAGAAGUACAUACACAGAUUAUUGUUGAAAGCAUCUGAUCACUGCACAUGUACUUUGCAUGUAGACACAGACUGAAGUGAGCCUUUAUAGUUGAUUUGCAUGGUUUGCAAAGGAAGAAGCACUUUUGUUGACUUUAUGAUCAGAUCUUUUUCCAGGAAGUUCCAGGAAGGGCUGCAUGGAAAAUUCUAGGCAGAAGCUCAGGGGGAUGAUGGGUAUUACCAAGUGCAAAAUUUAUUGUCAGUAAGUGAAGCGUGUAUCUUUCCGAAUGUUGUGAACUGAAUGUUCGAUGGUUCGUCUUGUAAAGUGAUAGUUUGGUUAAACUCUUAUGCCAUGAGGAAACUGCUUUGGGUUAAGGUUAGGUUGCAUCUGAACAUUCACAAUUUCACAUUUAACUGGAAGUCCUUACCUUUCAAACCUUUGCUUUUGGCUCUUUGUUAUAAGAUAUCCAUUUAGAUAUGCAAUAACGAUGAACCUAACCCUAGCCCAUACUUGUCAUUGGUGACUCUGUGCAUGUUAAUAGACCUGCUGUUUCAUCGAUGUCACUUCCUUUGCACACUCUGAGAAAAGGCUUAAAGGGUCAACUUUUGGUUGAGCAUUUCAUUUGAAGUUAAAAUAAAUAACUGGCAGUAUUAAUGGAAAUGCACCAGCACAUUACAAAUGUGGAUAAAACGACUGUUAUCUAGCUGUUACUCUGACAACAGGCUGUGUGUGCCUAUAAACAAAUCAGUCACCUAAGCUUUGUUCAUGAACUAUCAAGUGAUCUGCACCUUCGGUCAAAAGUACGCCCCCUAACUAACAGAAGAGCUCUGUUUUGUUUUUGUUUUUUAAUUAAUAUCUUUUCAAAUAUUCAUUGAUAAAAUACAGUUUCUUCACAUUAGCACAAAAUGUUUAGAGUCAGAUCUCAGCAUCCUGCAUACAGCUCUCUCUCUCAUGUCUUGUGAAGAAUUCAUUUCAUGAAGAUUUCAUUUUUAAAUGCAUAUUUAACAGCUAAAUGUAGAUGUGAUUUCAGAUUUAAAUCAAAAUAUGAACAGUGGAAGUUCAGUAACUGUUCGGGUGAUUCUUUUCAAAUGAAAGCUCCUUCGAACAGAUGCUUUGUCCUGGUCACAGUGACAAAGGUGUGCAAAUGAAAACCUUUGACGAAAGAGUCCACAGCUCAGUCUCUGGUUGGAUGGAGAACAGCACCUGGUCAACGUGACGCAGAUCCAAAGCAUCUGAUUUCAUUGUCACUUUGCUAAUGUCUCAAUGACUGAUAUCAAUAGCUCUAUUGUCCAUUCUCUUCACUGUACUUUGCCAUUAUUUGAAGCGUAAUGUAUAUUUUUAUAUGUCGAAGGAAAAAUAAGUGGAAAAUAAACAUGAAUGUGUUUGUGUGGAA